AUGUGCAGACUACUACGGAAGACCCCCUAUCUUUUUACCCAAGCAUGCAGGACAAGUUGCUUAAAUAAACAGUUUAAUAAAGUGGACCUAAAAUAUGGACUUCUUACUUCCAGCGAAAGGACCAGUGUCCCUCCUGCGAUCAAUGUAAGUCAUUUCAACAAUAAAAUCACAGAGCUUUCUAAAUUAAAAUGGAACCAUAGCUUUGGAUCACAGAGCUGGUAUAAACAUUUUUCAGCAGUGAGUGGGGUGUUAUCAAGAAGAUUCUAUUCCAUUGGAAAGCCAUCUCCUUCCACAAAGAGACCUCUGAAGUCUUCCAGGACCAAACAACCAUCCAGAACUAAUCUGCCUUUACUGUCGGAGAAUGAGGACGUGAUGCAGUGUGUGGCCUUUGCCACAGCUGAUGAGUUUCACUUGGGUACUCUGUGCCAUGACCUUGUAUCCAAUGGGUACUGUGAACUGCCAAGUUUACCUCGAGAUGCAUCUAACGUAUUGCUGGUGGAAGCAACAAACAAACGUUUCUAAAGAGUAUGAUUCUGGACAGAUUUUCUUCUUCAGGGAAGGAGCAGCUGUCUUUUGGAAUGUUGAAGAAAAAAAACUAUGAAACACGUUAUGCAAAUUCUGGAGCUUCAUGAAAUUCAGCCUUAUGAAGUUGCCCUGGUUCACUGGGAAAACGAGGAGAUAAACUACAGCUUCAGAGAGGGACACUCCAGGCUUGUGAAAGGUGAAAUUGUGUUGAAUGCUCAGCAGGAAGCAGAUGAGGUCAUUCUAGAAAAAUUUGCCUUUUCCAAUGCACUUUGCCUAUCUGGUGAGUCUUAUGACAAUAAAAUGUGGGUCACAGUUUGCAAGGCUAUUGCGUUUGACUGGUAUGGGCCGCCAAUCCAAAUUCUCAUUUAA